AUGCCCUCUCAUCCAGAUGCAGCUGUCUAUCCUGAGGCCACGGGCCUGGCCAAAGCUCUGGUCGACCAGCACCAGGCAGAGCAACCGUUGAAGCUGUAUGCGGGGUGGUUUUGCCUGUCAGUCUAUAUAGCUAUCCCCUCUACGGAGUUUGCUGCUAACAUAUCAUCUAGAUUCGUGCAACGUGUGUGGCUCGCACUGGAAGAAAAGCAGAUCCCAUACCAGUACAUCGAGGUGAACCCGUAUAACAAACCGCAGUCACUACUUUCGUUGAACCCGCGGGGGCUCGUGCCGACGCUGUCUGUGCCGACCUCCUCGGGCAACCGACCACUGUACGAAUCCAACGUGGUGCUCGAAUACCUCGAGGAAGCGUACCCGGACCGCUCGCCGCGUCUGCUCCCGACGGACCCCUAUGAGCGAGCCCGUGCGCGCAUCUGGAUCGACUUCGUCACCUCGCGUGUCAUCUCAGCCUUCCAUCGCUUUCUGCAGUACCAGUCUUCCUCGGCGGACGAGGAUGCCGUGGCCGGACUGGACAGCCACCGGCAGGAAUUCCUGGGUUUGCUGAAGCAGUGGGCAAGGGAGUUGCAUCCCGAAGGCCCGUUCUUCCUCGGGGACCAGAUUAGUCUUCCGGACCUAGUGCUGGGGCCCUGGGCGAUUCGCCUGUGGGUGUUCGACGAGCUCAAGACCGGCGGGUUGGGGGUUCCUGCUGAAGGCCAGGGAGGCGAGGACGAGGCGAUUUGGCAGCGGUGGAGGAAAUGGGUGAAGGCUGUGGAAGAGCGCAGGAGUUUCCGGGAGACGAUGAGUGAUGCGCAGCAGUAUCGUCCUAUCUAUAAGCGAUAUGCAGACAAUGUCGCGCAGAGUGAAUUGGCCAAGGCGACUCGGAGUGGACGGGUUACCGGUGCAGAUGAACAGUCUGCUAAUAACGGUGUAUUUACAUACGGUAACGAUACCACAAUACCGGGAGAGUGCCAAGCCCCACGUGACCGUGUCCCAAAGUGGCCGGGAGAAUUGACCGGGGUCGAAAAGAGCGGUCCAUGUCCUUCACUUCGCUUGCCUCAGACCAGCAAGAUGUCUUCGGACAAAAAGGAUGUUGCCAGCCAGUCGGGGUCCGAGGUCGCCCUGCCCGAUCCACCCGCAAUCCAUCCCUCUUUCAUCCAGGUCGCCAAGCCGUACAUCUUCGAGCAGACCAUCCAGAGAUGUAUCGCGACGAUGGGAGUCAACACCCUGCGCGAAGAAUCGCUGCGCCUGCAGGGCGUGACCUGGAUUGACAAUGUCCGCCGUGUGCUCUGCCUACCCAUACGGACCUUCAACACGGCUGUCGUGUAUUAUCAUCGAUUCCGGCUCGUUCACCCAGACAUCGAGUACAACCACAUGGAUGCCGCAGCUGCCGCGCUGUUCACGGCCUGCAAGAUCGAGGAUACGCUCAAAAAGUCGCGCGAGAUCGUGUGCGCCGCGUACAAUCUGAAACUCGCACCGUCGGAGCACGUCUCGUCCGACAACCCGGUCUUUGAGGCCCACGCGCGCGGCAUCAUCGGACUGGAGAGACUCAUGCUCGAGGCGUCGGGCUUUGACUUCCGCACCCGCCACCCGCAAAAGACUCUGAUCAAACUGGCCCGCAAGUACGGACUGGGCCAACAUUCCGAGGUUUCAAAGGUCGCCUAUCGCAUUGCCCAGGACCUCUACCGCACGUUCGCGCCGAUCAAGCAGACUACUUCCACUAUGGCGUUUGCAUCUUUAGAACUCGCUGGUCGUCUAAUGGACCAGCGCAUUGAGGCUGUUGAACAGGGACUGGACUACCAGGCUUGGAAAGCGAGUCGGGAAGAAGUAAUGGAAACCCUCUUCGACCUUCUCGAACUAUACACGCAUAACCGAGGCUCCACCUGCGUUGGCCCUCAAUUCCCCUCAGACAGGUUCCUCAAGGUCAGGAUCCCUCUCAACCAAGAAGCAGAAGCCCAAGGUCUCCCGCGAUUCACGCACUGGACCAACGACCGUUCCGCCAAGGCCCUGAACGGUUUUAAGAUUACCAGCAGCAGCAACAAACCCCCCGCUGCCACCGAGAACGGCGACUCGCGGAUCCACCCACUCAUCCCCGUCGCUGCCAACGGAGAACGACCCAAGACCGGCGAGAGAGGCCGCGACGGCGCGGUGCGGUUCAUGAUCGAUCCCGAGUGCGCGGAUAACGAGAAAUCGCACGUGGCGCAAUUCUUCAAGGUCGAGAUGGAGGAGUACGAGGUUGAAGAAUGA